GUGGGCCGGCUGCAGUUCCCGGGCGGUGGGCGUUGGCGUCCGGGUCUAUGCAGCCCGGGCUGUGGCCUGUCAAGUGAUUGCACAGGUCGGGAGCGAGCCGGGAGUGCGGGCGGUACGAGCCCACGUGCAGCGUUUCCGCCCCCAACACUCCCAGGCCCUGGUGGCUGGAAAUGCAAAUAGCUUGUCCUCCGGGGCGUCACAGCACAUGACGCAUGAGCACGCUUCGCGCACGCUGAGGUGUGAUUUUUCCGUCUCAGGGCAGGAGCAAUGGUGCUCCAUUUGGUGCCCAGAUGUUCUGCAAGGCUCUUCUGGGCAUCUCCAGGAUGGAGGAGGACGUACACUCAGGGAACCUCAGUGGGGCUGAAGUGGCUGGGUUGCCCUCGGGAUAUAUACAGACCCUUGGCUUGCAGAGGGAACUCCUCCGUCUCUGGCAGCCCUGAGGUGAUGCUAACGGCUGAGCGAUACCCUGUGCAACGGCUGCCGUUUUCUACUGUCUCUGAGGAGGACCUGGCUGCCUUUGAACGCAUCAUACCUGGCAGAGUUAUCACAGAUCCAGAGCAACUGGCAGCAUGCAAUGUGGACUGGCUGAGGGCCCUCCGGGGCUGUAGUAAAGUGUUGCUGAGGCCCCAGACCUCCGAGGAAGUGUCCCAGAUCCUCAGGCACUGCCAUAAGAGGAACUUGGCUGUGAACCCCCAGGGGGGGAACACUGGCAUGGUGGGGGGCAGUGUCCCCGUCUUCGAUGAAGUCAUCCUGUCCACUGCCCUCAUGAAUCAAGUCAUCAGCUUUCAUGAUGUAUCUGGAACUCUGGUCUGCCAGGCAGGCUGUGUGCUGGAGGUGCUCAGUCACUAUGUGCAGGAGCGAGGCUUCAUCAUGCCACUGGACUUGGGAGCGAAGGGCAGCUGCCACAUUGGGGGCAAUGUGGCCACCAACGCUGGUGGUCUGCGCUUUCUGCGGUAUGGCUCGCUUCGAGGGACUGUCCUGGGCCUGGAAGUGGUGCUUGCUGAUGGGACCAUCCUGGACUGCCUGAGCUCCUUGAGGAAGGAUAACACAGGCUAUGACCUGAAGCAGCUGUUCAUUGGGUCGGAGGGCACCCUGGGAAUCAUCACUGCUGUGUCCAUCUUGUGCCCACCCAGGCCCCAGGCUGUGAAUGUGGCUUUCCUCGGUUGCCCUGGGUUUGCUGAGGUUCUGCAGACAUUCCGCGCCUGCAAGGGGAUGCUGGGUGAGAUCCUGUCUGCAUUUGAGUUUAUGGAUUCUGAAUGCAUGCAGUUGGUUGGACAGCACCUCCACCUGACCAACCCAGUACAAGAGAGUCCAUUCUAUGUCCUUGUUGAGACAUCAGGCUCUAGUGCAGGACAUGAUGCUGAGAAGCUGACCAACGUCCUGGAGAAGGUGCUGAACUCUGGCCUGGUGAGCGACGGCACUAUGGCCACUGACCAGAGGAAAGUCCAGAUGCUGUGGGCUCUUCGGGAGAGGAUCACAGAGGCCCUCAGUCACGAUGGCUACGUGUUCAAGUAUGACAUAUCCCUCCCCGUGGAGCGGCUCUAUGACCUCGUGAUCGACCUCCGCACCCACCUCGGCCCUCGCGCGAAGCAUGUGGUGGGAUACGGGCACUUGGGGGAUGGGAACCUUCACCUGAAUGUGACAGCAGAGGCCUUUAGCCAGGAGCUGCUUACUGCCUUGGAGCCCUACGUGUACGCCUGGACCGCAGAGCAGCGGGGCAGUGUCAGUGCUGAGCAUGGCCUAGGCUUCAAGAAGAAGAACGUACUCAGCUACAGCAAGCCACCUGUGGCUGUGAAGCUUAUGCAAGAGCUUAAGGCCCUGCUGGACCCCAAAGGCAUCCUGAACCCCUAUAAGACUCUGCCUGCCCAGGCCUAACUGGAGCUGCAAGACGAUAGGACCUUGGGCACGCAGGGUUGGGAGGUCUUGGGUUACAGGAUUCCCAUCUGAUAACACCCGCAACAGACCAGGUUACUGUCUCUCAUUGGCUAGCUGGGAGCCAACUCUGAGGACCCUCUGGGCCGGGCUGCCUUUCUGUGGGGUGAGCAGAGCAGACAGAGCUGUCUGGCUCUUCUCUGCUCUCCUUCCAGCUCACUGUGGACAGAUUAAGUGGGUGCGUGGGCAGUUUUCCCACUCCCGAACAGGCCAGAUCUCAGCCGCUCCAAGGUGGCCGGUGGAGACCCACCCUGUUGCAACUCUGGGAAGAGUGCCAUGUGAUCUUGUUACUGGAUGGAUCUCUGUGUGGUGUGUGUCCUGUGAGGGCUACAGCAGAGUUGUCCAGCCCCAAGUCAGUUACCACGAUGACCCAGAGCACCACAGCUUAUUCACACGGGGCUGAGUGGAGUCUACUGUCAUACCAAGCCGGUCUUGGAUUGGUAACAGACCAGGACAGAUCAUCUUCCUUGCUCCACCUCCUCACUUUUUUUUAUUUGUUUGUUUAGCCCUGGCUGUUCUGAAACUUACU